ACGUGAGGUGGGGUGGGGUCUCACAGUUGUAGGCUACCUCUGCUUACCUGUCAUAUCGAAACCUCAAGGCUAUGAAAAUUCACCAAUAGGUACCACACUGGUUUGAACUAGAUCGACAUAUUUUAUUGACAAAAUGGAAUCGCCUGUGAAGACAGGUUUCCAUAGACUGGAGAUAAAGAAAACAACAUGGGAUGUUCCAGAGCAAUAUAUCGCGCUGAAAGCAGUUGGCUCGGGCGCUUACGGGACAGUAUGUUCUGCUAUUGACCAGCAGACUAAGGAGAAGGUGGCCAUAAAGAAGCUCUAUCGUCCCUUUCAGUCCCUAAUCCACGCUCAACGGGCCUACCGUGAACUAAGACUGUUACGCCAUAUCCAGCAUGACAAUGUGAUCAGCCUCCUCAAUGUCUUCACACCUGAUUUCUCCCUGGAGAAAUUCCAGACGUUUUACAUGGUAAUGCCCUUUGUGGCUCAGGACCUCGGUCGCAUCAUGAAGAGCAGGAGUCUGACCGAUCGCAUCAUCGUUUACCUCUUCUACCAGCUGCUACGUGGCCUGAAGUAUAUCCAUUCUGCAGGGAUCAUCCAUCGGGACCUAAAACCUGGUAACCUUGCUGUGAAUGAGAACUGUGAAUUAAAGAUCCUGGACUUUGGUCUAGCAAGACAUGCAGAGAGUGAGAUGACAGGCUAUGUGGUGACACGCUGGUACAGGUCACCAGAGGUCAUCUUCAACUGGAUGCACUAUAGCCAAUCAGUGGACUUGUGGUCUGCUGGCUGCAUCCUGGCUGAGAUGAUAACAGGCCAGGUUCUUUUCCCAGGCAGUGACAGCAUUGACCAGCUGAAGAAGAUCCUCAACGUUACAGGAACACCACCAUCCUCCCUGGUGCAGAAGAUGCAGAGCAAAGAUGCUCGCUCAUAUGUACAGAGUCUCCCUAUCCAAAAGAAGAAAAACUUCAAGGAGGUCUUUCCCUCCUUGCAUGUAAACGCGGUGAAUCUGCUGGAGAACGUGCUGCUGCUGGACCCAGAGACCAGAAUGACGGCUAAAGAGGGCCUCUCACACCCCUACCUGGCUGAGUUCCAUGACCCAGAAUCUGAACCCGACUCCCCGACAUACGACGACUCCUUUGAAAGCCUGGAGCUUGACGUGGGAGAGUGGAGUAGUCUGAUCCACAUGGAGAUUAUGGCUUUCGACCCCAGUAACCCCAGUGCAACUGCAUUAUAGUGGACAGACGCCACAGAGCACUGGCUCCCCCCAGUUUUUGAACCAUGGAGUUUAGCAUAUGAACUGCAUGACAAACUAGAAUAACAUGUUAUCACAUGUUAUAAAAAGUUUGCGUUUCACAACAUGGUCUAUGACUUUAUGAAAUGUCAUACUGUAUGUCAGAAUUUUUAUGGAUUCCUCAUAUUUAAAGGGAAGGUCAUACACACUUUAAAAAAGGUGCUAUCUAGAACCUAAAAGGGUUCUUCAGCUGUCCCCAUAGGAGAACCCUUUGAAGAAACCUUUUGUGGUCAGGUUACACUGUAAACCUGGUAUCGUUUGAUUGGUCAAUGGUGGUUGGUCUUGGGUUGAAAGGUUACACCUUCAGAUUUUAUAAAUGGAAUUACAUGGCUUUGUUCUCUCUCUUAUCCUGUUUCCAGCCAUGGAGGAAGGUUGUAUGAUCAAUUCUAAUUUCCUAGGCUUCUAUUCUACUCUGGCCUAGUAAGCAUCUCUUUGUACAUGCUUUGUCUCGCAAGUUAACCUUAGGAUCUAUAUGCCUAGAAUUAUGCUUUGUUAAUGUCAGUAUAACUUUUUUUUUUUUUUUUACAAAGUUAUUAAAUAAUACUUGCUUUGAUAUUCGCUUCUCAUGACCAUUCAUUGAUCUUAGUCUGCUAAAUGGAUAAUACUUGACUGCACAUGGUUCAACUGUCGUCUCUUGCAUAUUGCUAAUCAUCUUAACGGAGUCGGAUAAACAUGCGAGGUAUUU